GAAGCGUGGCCCGAUCUUUUCACUUUCUUUCUGCCUGUGUGAGGUAAAUUCCACAACAAACUCUCAUCUACUCUGAUUCCAUUCUGCUUUCUUCUUCUCUUUCCCCCUUUUGCUCUUCCUUCCAAAUCCCUACUUCUCUGUUUCACUUCUCCUAUUCCAAGCCCAGUCAACCGAUCCUCGAUCUAUUUCUACGCCAAUUAUCAGUUAAGGCCGAGCUGAAGUAAAUGCAGAAUGGUGGUGGUGCUGCUACUAUGGCGGGCGAAACCGAUACUGAUAUUGAAAAGCAGCGGACUGAUGGAGGGGAGGACGGUGGCGGAUUGAGAGAGAAUAUAGCCGGAGGUCAGUCCCAAGACUUGGUUGAGAAAGUCAUUGACGUGGUGGUAGUGGUGGACUGCCCCGACAAAGGUGAGCCCCAACUCGCCAGAAAUUCAACUUCUCAUGAAGAGUGCAGGGUAUGCCAGGAGGAAACUGAAGAAGUCUUGAUUAAUCUUGGAUGCCAAUGUAGAGGUGGGCUUGCAAAAGCACACCAGUCAUGCAUAAUCAAAUGGUUCAAUACUCGAGGUUCAAAUAAAUGUGAGAUAUGCCAGCAAAUAGCAGCAAAUGUAUCACCUCCUGAUUCCCAGACAAGUUACUGGAUUUGGAGGGUUGAUCCAGCCUUUAGAGCUCAACAGCGCGAAAGGGGUUGGUUUAGUCCUCUUUGGGUUGCAUUCUCGAUUCUUAUUGGUGGUCUUUUGCUGGAUGUGCUGAUUUCCGUAACCCUUGGUGUUUCUGCCCUCCCCGUGAACAUCAUUAUUGGAGUGAUUGUCGUGCUGGGACUUGGAACAGCUCUUCGUCUUGCCCUAGAGUUUUGCCAAGAGUGGAAUGUGAGAAGAGUAGUGCAAAGGGUGGAAGCAAAUGCCAGUCUCGGUUAUCAUCCUGCUUUGUAGGUGAAACUUGUAUAUAUAAUGUACUUGUUGAUGCUUGCUUUCAUGUGAAUUUAUGAUGUGUUGUAUUGUAAGUUAAAAUCAUUGUGCAUGAAUGCAAUUAUGUUCUUUUGUGAGAGAUCGGUCUCCGACUCUCCUCCUUCCAAUCAUUAUCAUUUUUGCUACCAUUCUUUCUCUAGAUUCAAGAUUUGGAAGGUGGAUCGUAAGUGUUUCUCAUCUUGGUCCUGUUGUAUUUUUGUAGUGAAUGAGGCUUUUGUUGUAUA